AUGCCCGGGUGGCUGUGGUACCUGGAAGCUGCGUCGUUGGUCGUGCUGAGCUUCAUGGUCCGGCCCACCGAACAGGGAAAGCUGUUGAAGAUUGCCUUGGCCGCAUCUGCUCUGGGUGGCCGUCACAGGUUCAGCAUGAUACCCAUCCCUAUACCCAUCCACCAGGAGCACAAGCAGUACUACCCGGUCCAUUACCCUGUUCCCGUGCCGGUGCACCACUAUCACCACAUCAGGCACAAGAUCCACAACAUCCAUCACGUGCACAAGGUUUACGUUCCAGUCCACCACCACACCAAGACGGUGCAUCAUCACAAGCACUACCUGCACCACCACGGCCAUGAUCACGGUCCCUACGGCCACGGCCACCACCACUACGGCCACGGCCACGGCCACAAGCACUAUCACCAUGACAACGGUCACUAUGGCCACGGGCACGACGACUACGGUGGUUACGGAGGCCACAAGGUUUCUUACGGGAUUCAUAAGCAUGGUGAUUACCGUUGGUACCGCAGGUAA